AUGACUCCCCCAGUACGUUGGGCACCUGGUCACUCUGGAGCCCUGGUGGGAGCCCGCAACAACCCCCAGGCACCCCCUGCACAGCAGCCCGCUCCUGAGGGCGUCACAGUUGCCGCGCUGCCGGGGCUGCUGCUCUUUGGUACUGCACAUGGAGAUGGCCCUGGCUCCAGACCCUUAGGGCUGGGAGCAGCACCCAGCCCAAUUCUUCCUCGUUGCCUUUCCGUCCAGAAACCUCUCUCUUGCAUAAAGUUCCAUAUUAAUAAUGAAUUAGUAGAAGUUAUUCCAAGUUCAAAUCCCUGUUCUCAGACUGACAUAGAAGCAGCUUAUUUACUAAUGAAGAACAUUCAUGAAGAAUUUACUGAAGACAAACGUUUAAAGACAGACUGUGCCACUGAACUUAAAGAACAAUGCCAAGAUUUGUUUGUUGGAGAUGAACUUGUCUUUGUUGAUAAUCUUGUAAACUACGGUAAAAAACUCCCUACUUUAUAUGCCCUUCUGGACAGACUACAGUUUUUUUUAGUGCAAGAUCCUCUUUUAGAUUCUAAAGGACAGAAUUUAACAGAAGAGAACAUUUUCAGGGAAUGUUUGACUUUCCAAAAUGAAGUGGAGAUGCAGGAGAGUAAAAAAGAAUUGCAGGGAAUUAAAGAGAACUUCAGUCCAAUUUCUUUAAAAGAUGAAGAGGAUUUAAUGUUGCCUAUUGAGUUAGAGGUCUACAGGAAACACAGAUCAGAAGUCAAGAUUCCAUCAUACCUGGAACUAAAAGAGUCAUUAAAAUUAGCUCCAGAAGCUAUAGGUGAUGAAGGCACAUGUGAAGAGUUGAUCCAAGAAAAAAUUAUGAGCAAAUCAGAAAUUUCCAAGUACUGUCCCAGACCGGAAGGGGUUUGUUCCAGUAAUAGCAGAAGUAUGUUGGAUUUCUGUGAGGCAGCUAAAUAUGCUGCGUAUAUGAAAGAGGAAAUGGAAGUACCUUUAAGUCCUCCAUGCAGGCAACAAAGGUGUCAGUUGAAUUUUCUGUGUACAGAGCUCGAAGAAGAACCUCUUUCUGGUAACAGUAUUUUUAUUACACAGACCUCUAGAGAAUACUUAGAAUGUUUAGUGUGGCAGUCAGAGAAGUACCAGGAUAACGUGAAAUCUCUUCUGCUAAAAGAGUGUCACACUGUUAAACUUACCUGUCAGCAUCAUUCGCUUGCAGAACUGAGAGAAGUGCUAUCUGUUGGCAUAGAAACACCAAUGCUUAGCUCACUGGAAGUGGACUGGUGGCUUCAUUUAGGAUUAAAUCCGAUCUCCUUAGAGACCUUAGAGCAAUUAAGUCUAGAUUCCAGUAGUACAAAUAGUUUUUUUCCUGCAGAAGCGGAAACAUUCUCCCUGUUUACAUCUUGUCAGCUAGAAUGGUGGCUUGAGGAGAAGAAUUCCAUGGCAAGCUGGGAAUUGCUUUCUGCUGAAAAACAUCGACUGGACAAAAUAACUCAUCUUUACAUGUCACCUCCGACUAAAAGGCAGCACUUUCCCCUGCAUGUGAGUGGUGCAUCUUCUGUGAGAAUACAGAAAACAUCUGCAUCAACAUCCAUAGAAGAGCUUACUGGAGAAGGCAUACAAAUAAGUGAGGAAGAAGAACCUAUUUAUUUCUUAAAUCAAGAAAAGAAAAUCUCAAAACCGCUUGAAUCAGUCGGCUGUGAAAAUGUAUCUUUCAAACAAGACAAUUCACACAGGAGCCUAAAGCCAUCAUCAGUUGCCCUAGCAACAAAAUGGGACGAUGAUGAUUCUGAUCUUCUGAGCAGCUUUAUCAUACUGAGAUCUAAACAGACGUUGACCCUAAGCGAGAGGAAAAAUGACAUAGAUAGUCCUGAAAAGGUAGUGCAGUUUGAAGAAGAGCCUUUGCAUGUUCACAAAGAGGACAGUUCUGUUUGCAAGACUGUAACAAUACAAAAAACAGAGCAGGAAAAAGAAAACAGCAUCACAGUCGAUAUUCAAGCAUCAGAAAGCCAGUGUCAGGCGUACUGCCUAUUGGAAGCUGCUGCUGCACCUGUUCUAAAAGAUUUGACACAUCUGGGCAUACCUGCAGCUGUAAAUUGGAGCUUUAGCAACGUUAAAUUUGACCACACAAGGUUUUUUUUAAAACAGCAGGAGAAAGUGAUAAGUGAUCACUUUAAAGAAGGUAAAAUACAUGAGAAAGAGACCAUGCUGUUCAGACAUGCUGCUCUGGUGCAUCUGUUGGUGACUGUUCGAGACCUUCUUUUAACAUGUGGCCUGGACACGGCAUUAGGAUAUUUGUCCAAGGUGAAGGAUAUCUAUAACAACAUCUUAGAAUCCUGUUUGGAUAAAAUUUGGAGGCAGUUGAAGAUUGUACAGUACAGCAGCCAGAAAAAGCAUGAAACCAAUCCCAAAAUAACAGAGCUUCAGUGUCAAAUGCUAAAUUGCGUGCAAAGUAAUAGAGAGGAACGCAGUGUUAAGAUACUAAUCAUAACAAGAACGGACUCCGAUAGCGAAAAGGCUGCCCUCCUUCACAGUUUAUCCACAGUGGCAGGUUUAAAAGCCAUGGAUUUGAAUUCUGAGGAAAAAGGAGCUCUUUUAGAUUAUAAAAAUAUUAUAAACAACAGAUAUUUCUGUGUUAUUGUACGCAAUCAGCAUAUUGGAGCAGACUUCCCUUGGACACACUUCUCAUUAGUGAUUGAAUAUGAUUAUUCCAAGGACUCCUGCUGGAAAAAUCUGUGCAAAAAUCUGAAUAUUACUUACAUGACUUUUAAAACCACCCUUCCUGAAAGAAUACUAAUGGGGGAUCACCAUGGUUCUUUUCUUCUGGAGGUGCAGAUUCCCUAUGUAUUUUUGACAUCUGAAGGACUUGUUAACAUGCCAGAUAUCCUUCAGCUUUUGGAAUCCAAGUACAACAUUACCCUUGUUGAAAGAAGCUGUAGUCACUCAUUACGGCUCUUUGGAAGUACAGAUCAAUAUGUUGUUUUGACAAUAGAUGAAUAUACUGCUGUCUUUUUGCAGAAUAUGGAUGAACUAAAUUAUAAGAAGUCCUGUGAUAAUGUAAUGUUGAAACUGAUAGCGUUAUCGCUCCAAUACACCUGCUGUUGGAUUAUCUUCUACUCCAGAGAAAGACUGAGUUCAGAGUACAGUCUCAGGGGAGAUACUGUGCUUCACCUCAUCUUAAUUUAUGCUGCUUUGGUUCAAUUUGCACAGAGGUCAGAAGACUUUGAAGUAAAGGUGGUUCUUAUGCCAGGGAUUGAGGAAACAGCGCUACUAGUUCGUCAGAUUGCUGACAACAUUUUGGUAGCGUCUGAUAUCAAUCCUCAUGAGUGGCUGGACAGAUCCUGGCUUUCUAUCUUGCCGUCUGAGACAGAGAAAUGCCUGCUUACUUUUCCGUGUAUCAACCCUCUAGUUGCUCAGAUUAUGUUAAAGAAGGGAUUUUCACUGAAGAGGCUGUUUCUCGCAAGCUUUGAUCAACUUCAGGAACUCCUGCCACAAGUUCCAAAAAAAGUUUUAAAGCAUUUUAGUGACAUCACAUCUUUGUACAGCCUAAAUCCUGCUGCUCCACUAGAAGCAGAAGUAAAAUAUGCAUCACCCCCAAAAACCUGGAAAACACUCUAUCCACAUUGUAAUUGGAAUUAUCAGUCUUUAGAGCUGCAUGAUAAAGGACCAUCUGAUGUGAAUUGUGAAGCCAUAAUCCCACCAUUGAAUCAUCAUCAGGGUUUUAUUAGCUCUGACCUUUCAAGUUAUACGCAAAAGAACUCAUGUUCUUCAGAUGUAGUUGUGGGAAGGAAGCAGGAUUUCUUUGUUGUGCCAAAGGACUGUGAAGAUUUUGCUUCUCCAGAUGUUAAGAAUUCUGUUUGUGUUCAGCAACAGCCCUUCAUGAUGUACUGUUGUAGCUCUGAUCAUUCUUCCAAAAAUUCUAAAGCGGAUUUCUUUGCAACUUUGGGUGAAUAUGCACCUCCGAAGAGCUCUAAGAGUUUUCUACAAGAGUUUAGAGAUGUGACAUCUAGGAGCCCAGAAAUCCUGAUUGACAAGACCACCUGGAAUGACUCUUCAUCCGCUUGCACAUAUGAUUCCUUUGCACCUGUUGAUCCAGAUGAGCUUCCAAGUUUGACCUUUCACCAAAGAGCUAGAGAAUCUUUAGGAAAAGGAAAAAAAAAUGCAUCGUUAUUAUGGACAGGAAAAAAAAAAGUGACAGAUUUAGGAUUUGCAGAAGUACCACAGGGAAAAAGAAGAAGAUUGACUUUUGAAAGAGUCCCUGGAAGAAGUGAUGGGCAAACACGUCUUAAAUUCUUUUGAACGGAGUGGGGAGUUGGAUACUAUAGGU